AUGUUCGCGUCGAUGCCACACAGCUCCAUGGCACCCACAUCGGCUCCCCAAGCUGUCUUUGGCGGGCCUCUGAUGCAAGAUGGUCCUCGUGGCACGGGUCCUUUCAACAGUGGCAUGGCUGGAGCUCAUGUCAUACCUGCACAGGGUGGACUUGCUCAAGGGCAACAACCCAUCCUGAAUGACGCGCUGAGCUAUCUUGACCAAGUCAAAGUGCAAUUCUCGGAGCAACCAGAUGUCUAUAACCGAUUCCUCGACAUUAUGAAAGAUUUCAAGAGCCAGACUAUCGAUACUCCUGGUGUGAUUAGUCGCGUCUCUGAGCUGUUCGCGGGACACCCAAACCUUAUCCAGGGGUUCAAUACGUUUCUACCACCUGGAUAUAGAAUUGAAUGUGGUCUAGAAGACAACCCGAACAGCAUUCGAGUCACCACUCCUUCUGGCUCGACGAUUCACUCUAUCGGCCAAGCCGGUCGAGGGAUUCAACUGGAUGCUCCGCGUAACGCACACACACCAACUCCGGCGGCUGCCUCAGCAGUUCUCAACGGUGCUGCACAACAGCAAGCAAAUUUAGAAAAACGCGGCCCAGUUGAGUUUAACCACGCUAUAAGCUAUGUCAACAAAAUCAAGAACCGAUUCCAGGACAAGCCAGAGAUCUACAAAAACUUCCUGGAGAUCCUCCAGACCUAUCAGCGAGAGCAGAAACCUAUUCAAGAGGUUUAUGCUCAAGUGACUACUCUCUUUAACAGCGCGCCCGACCUUCUGGAGGAUUUCAAGCAAUUUCUCCCCGAGUCUGCAGCAUCAGCUCGAGGCGGAGCUCGACCUUCUGAAGAUCUCACCAUGAACAACUCCAACCAAACCAAUCAAGCUGCUAGGGACGGCCCGAAGAUGCCUCCCGUGGGUAACUUCGCGCCUCCUGCCACUGCCGGCAAGGAGACCAAGAAGCGACCGCGCAACGACAAGCAGGCCCCUGCUCCUGCUACCGCUACUGCUGAGGCAUCGAUCUCAGCUGUCCGCGGUGCCCCGCCCCCGAAUAGCAACAAGAGAAUCAAGACCACUCAUGCGAAGGCCGGCGCGGUAGAUAUAGCCGGCGUCGAGCCCAGUCUCACUCCGGUCUUGCCUGAGCCGUUGGCUCCGAACGCCGAAUCAGUCGCGCUCCCGGAAGAUUUCAACUUCUUCGAUAAAGUCAAGAAGUUCCUUAACAACAAGACCGCGACCACCGAGUUCAUGAAGCUCUGCAAUCUGUUUUCUCAGGAUUUGGUCGAUAAGAACGUGUUCAUCCACAAAGCUUCUCAGUUCAUCGGCGGGCAUCAUGAGUUGUUCAACUACUUGAAGCACUUGAUCAAGUGGAACGGAAUGGAUGAGACUAUCGAGAACCGCCCUGAGCCACCAACGGGCCGAGUCUCCCUCAGCAACUGCCGUGGCUACGGUCCCAGCUACCGUCUUCUGCCCAAGCGUGAGCGCCUCAAGCCUUGCAGUGGUCGUGACGAGCUUUGCAAUUCAGUGUUGAAUGAUGAGUGGGCAUCCCACCCCACCUGGGCCUCUGAAGAUUCGGGCUUUGUCGCUCAUCGUAAGAACGGAUUCGAGGAAGGCUUGCAUCGAAUCGAGGAAGAGCGCCAUGAUUAUGAUUUCUACAUUGAGGCCAACCAGAAGUGCAUCCAGUUGCUGGAACCUAUUGCCCAGCAGAUGCUCACGCUCAGCCCGGCUGAGCGUGAGCAUUUCCGUAUGCCCCCUGGUCUUGGUGGACAGAGCUCGUCCAUCUAUAAGCGUGUUCUCAAGAAAGUCUACGGAGCUGAGAAUGGCAUCCAAGUUGUCAACGACAUGUUCGUUCAUCCCUUUUCAGUGGUUCCCAUUGUUUUGGCUCGCUUGAAGCAAAAAGAUGAAGAGUGGCGCUUCACACAGCGGGAGUGGGAGAAGGUCUGGCAGUCCCAGACGGAGGCUAUGUACCUCAAGAGUCUUGAUCACAUGGGCAUCCAAGUCAAGCAGAACGAUAAGCGAAAUCUUUCUGCCAAGCACCUGGUCGACGUUAUCAAGACGAAGCACGAGGAGCAGCGUCGUGCUCGAUAUGUCAAGGGCAACGCUCGAGUCCCCCGUUUCCAGUUCCAGUACAAAUUCGAUGAUCAAGACAUCAUCUUGGAUCUCUUGCGCUUCAUGAUCUUGUACGCAAUGAACAGCGGCCAGCACGGCGCGUCCGAAAAGGAGCGCAUCAUCGAGUUCUUCGAGACGUUCAUUCCCCAAUUCUUUGACCUACCUGAUGACAAGGUCCAUCACAAGCUUGGCGACAUCGACCGAGAGUCUGGUGAUGAUGAAGCCGACGAUGCUCCACCAGCUGAGUUGACGAACGGACGUACUUCGCGCCGCAAUGCCAAAAAGUCCGACCUGCUUCGAGGUGUUCUCGAUCCGGGCCGCAAUGGAAGCCGACCUCGCCACCAGAAGGAGGAUAGCGCCGCCUCUGGCAGCAAGGAGACCACUCCUGAUGUGACCUCAGCUAAUGAAGAGGACAUGCCCGAUGCUCCAGAGGACAACUCUGUUCCCGAGGUCUCCAACGAUCGCUGGCUCUCUACCGUCCCUAUGCCAACUGUUGUUACUGGACAAAAUCCAUUGAUUGAUGAGGACGGAGAGCUCAAGGCUGAUGGAUUCUUCCGUCGUCCUUGGUACAAUUUCUUUUGCAACCAGACAAUCUAUGUCUUCUUCAGUGUCUUCCAGACCCUCUACAAGCGAUUGAAGGAAGUCAAGGAGAACACGGAUAGCGUCGCAGCCGAGAUCAGCCGAGAGAGCGCUGACAAGCCCGCGAAACUGCUGGGACUCGUCCAUGAUGACAUCAAGUUCUUCGAGGGUUGCGACGCAUCGACCUACUGGUCUCGUACUGCUGAACUGAUUGAGGACUACAUUGUUGGCGAGAUCGACGAGAACCGCUACCAAGAUGUUCUUCGACAUUACUAUCUGAAGAACGGCUGGACUCUGUACACCAUUCAGGACCUUCUGAAGACUCUUUGCCGCCUCUCGCUCAUCUGCAACAACAACGAUUCUAAGGAGAAGACCCCUGACCUGAUUCAGCAAUAUCUGACCAGCCGUCAAUCCGAGGAGACCAGCUAUCAGACCGAGAUUAGUGCGCGCAAGUAUGCGGAGAAGUGCAUCAAGGAUGGAGAGAUGUUUGUCAUCUGCUGGUUCCCCGCAAAGGCCGAGGCUACUGUGCGUUGGCUUCAGAGAGAUGAUACGACGUUCCACAUGGACGAGAUGGAGCUGCGCGAGCGUUGGCAAUACUACAUCUCCUCCUGGACGCGCGCUGAGCCCACCGAGGGCAUCAACCGUUCUCGACUGCAGAAGGUUGUGCUCGCGCGCAAUCUUCCUGCAAAUGAUGCUGAGUCCGACAGUGGUUUCGCGCCCAAACCGCUCUCCUUCAAUGAGGGUCUCAUUCUGAAGAUCUGUCUUAACACAUCCAAGAUCAUCUAUGAGAAGGGCACCUCUAAUUACUUCAUCUACAACAUCGCGGCCAGCACCGAGGAGGAGCGCGCCAAGCAUGAGGAGCGCCAGAAGACGCUCACGGAUGCGCGCAACCAGCGCUUCUACGAGAAGAUGAUCAUGAACAACGCCUGGAUGAAGGAUCUCAGCCAGGAAGAGGUGCAGAAGGCCAACGAGGGCUAUCAGAAGUGGAAGGAGGAUGCAGUCACUCCCGCCCACGGUGAUUUGGCAGUUGGCAACGAGUAG